ACCACACAAGUGCAAACGUGCAACACAAUAGCGCACUCCCCCGCCUCUCGCUCACUGCAGCUAGUUUGGGUAGCUGCUCCCCUGUUCCUGCUCUGCUUCGCUCACUGCAGGCAGCUGACAAGCUGAGCUGAGCUCCCUCCCCUGUUUGCACGUAUACACGAGGAGAAAAAACAGUAGCCGAGUAGAGAGUCCGUUGGCCAUGGUGGCGAUCACGGCGCCGAGCUCGAUGGAGCAGAUCCCGCUGACGCGGUGCCCCAAGGCCAAUGCGGGCCAGGCGGCCGCGGCCAUCCCGUGCGUCGACCUGUCGGCGCCGGGCGCGGCGGCGGCGGUGGCGGACGCGUGCCGCAGCGUGGGCUUCUUCCGCGCGACCAACCACGGCGUGCCGGCGGGAGUCGUCGACGCGCUGGAGUCCCGCGCGAUGGCGUUCUUCGCGCUGCCCGCCCAGGACAAGGUGGACAUGUCCGGCGCCGCCCAGCCCCUGGGCUACGGCAGCAAGACCAUCGGCUCCAACGGCGACGUCGGGUGGCUGGAGUACCUCCUGCUGUCCGUCAGCUCCAACUCCGUCAGGGUCUCCUCCCUGCCGCCGCCGCUCCGGACGGCAUUGGAGGAGUACACGGCGGCGGUGCGCGAGGUGGGCGGGCGGGUGCUGGAGCUGAUAGCGGAGGGGCUCGGCGUGGACCGCGCGCUGCUGCGGUCGAUGGUGGUGGGGCGGGAAGGCGGCGACGAGCUGGUGCGGGUGAACCACUACCCGCCCUGCCCGCUGCGGGCGCCGGGGGACUGCGGCGUGACGGGGUUCGGGGAGCACACGGACCCGCAGAUCAUCUCCGUGCUCAGGUCCAACUGCACCGCGGGCCUGCAGAUCAAGCUCCGGGACGGCAGGUGGGUCCCCGUGCCCCCCGACCCGGAAUCCUUCUUCGUCAACGUCGGAGACUCGCUGCAGGUCCUGACGAACGGGCGGUUCCGGAGCGUGAAGCACCGGGUGGCGGCGCCGGAGGGGGCGCAGUCGCGGCUGUCCGUGAUCUACUUCGGCGGGCCGGCGGCGUCGCAGCUGAUCGCGCCGUUGCCGCAGGUGAUGCAGGACGGGGAGCAGAGCCUGUACCGGGAGUUCACCUGGGGCGAGUACAAGCGCGCCGCCUACAAGACCCGCCUCGGCGACCACCGGCUCGGCCCCUUCGAGCUGCGCGCCGCCGCCGCCGCCGCCGCCGCCGCCAGCGAGCCCGCCGAUCCGCAGCCGCACUGCAGCACCAGCAGCAGCACCUGCAUGCCCCAGCAGCAGGUGGCGCAGGUGUACUAGCUCUAUCUAGCUGGGACCUGGGAGAGGCGUGCCAGGCUAGACUCUGGCUGCAGCAGCCUGCUGCCCUCUGCUGCAUCUGGAUGGAAUCAUCGAUUCGACCUCGCCUUUUGUUUAAUCCAUAUCGGGUAGGAGUAACUGGGUUGGAUCAUUGAUGUAGCAGUAACCCUGGUGUUGCCUCAUGCCUGGGACUGGGCCGGUCCAGGACUGGCACCUGCAGGCCUGUGCCUGAGCUUGACGGCCUUGACCACUGCCUGCGUGCAGAUGCCGGGCCGUCCUUGUAACUUUCCCGUAGAGUAGUUACUGUUUGCGUGUAUGCUGCCACUUUUGUUGCUUACUGUGUGUGCUCUACUUUAACCGGCUGGCGGUUGCUAA